AAUCUCCACACUCCUCCAACUCGGCCGUACCGCCGCUAUUGGUUGUUCGGGAGAGCCCUGCGGUGUUCCCAGCCAAUAGGAAGCCGGCUUAUUGUGCUGUGGGCUCGGUCCCAUGGUAACGGCCAGGGGUGUCGGGCUGGAUGCUGAGAGCCGGCCGUGUGCCCCGUCCUCAGGCUUCGUCUCCCAGACGCCCGGCUGAUCGGCCGGCUCUCUCUGGGUGAGUGAAGCCUGGAGUCAGGAACGUGCCGCCGGUGGCCCCCCCCCCUCCCCGUGGAGCACCAUGAUCCGUAUCGCUGCUUUAAAUGACACCACAGUAGUGGAAGACUAUGAGGAAUCCUUCAAGAGCCACAAAACUCAAACAAAAGAGGCUCAGGAAGCCGAAGCAUUUUCUCUGUAUCACAAAGCUUUAGAUCUGCAGAAACAUGAUCGCUAUGAAGAAUCUGCAAAAGCCUAUCAUGAACUGUUGAACACACAGCUGCUAAAAGAGGCUGUUCUAUCGGGUGAUGAGAAUGAAGGAUUAAAACAUCCUGGAUUGAUGCUGAAAUAUUCCACGUAUAAAAACUUGGCCAGUUUAGCAUCCCAGAAAGAUGACCCGAGUACAGCAAUGGAAUUUUACCUGGAGGCUGUAAUGUUGGAUUCUACAGAUGUGAACCUUUGGUAUAAAAUUGGAAGAGUAGCCCUGAGGUUGAUUCGCAUUCCGUUGGCCCGCCAUGCUUUUGAAGAAGGACUCAAGUGCAAUGCAGAUCACUGGCCGUGUCUAGAUAAUCUUAUCACUGUGUUGUACACACUUAGUGAUUAUACCAAUUGCCUGUAUUAUAUCUGUAAAGCUCUAGAGAAGGACUGUCGCUACAGCAAGGGUUUAGUUUUGAAAGAGAAGAUUUUUGAAGAACAGCCUUGUUUGCGAAAGGAUUCCUUCCGUAUGUUCUUGAAAUGCGACAUGUCUAUUCAUGCAUUGGAUGUGGAUCCAGCAGAGGCUAAAGCUGUUAUUGAGGAAGCUCUCGAACUCCGUAGGAAGAGACAGGCAUUGUCAAUACAAGAAGAGGAGCCAGAUCUUCAACUAACACAACCAAUCUCUCACUUCACGUGGCGGUGCCUGGGUGAGAGUUUACUGGCUACAUACAUGCAUUUGACGUCUUCUGAACCACCUCACCCCAGCCUUGGCAGAAUGAUAGAUCUUUGCAUGUACAGAGACCCUUCACAACAUCUGUUGAUGUCACCAACCAGCACACCUGUUAGUGUAAUCCAGCCCAAUCCUGCAACGUCCAGUCCUGCACCUGUAGUGACUGCACCAACAAUGCCAGCACCAGCUAUGGUUACACCAGCAGCUCCAACUCCAGUUCCAAGUGUGUCAGAAACUGCAGCAGCACAAGCAGAAACAUCUAUCAUUGACAAGGCGAAGAAGGGUUCCAAAAGGAAGCGGAUAGCUGAUGAGGCAGGGGAACCAGCAAAGAGGCGGUCUGCUCGAGUGCGAAACACCAAGUGCAAGAAGGAAGAGAAGAUUGAUUUUCAGGAACUGUUGAUCAAAUUUCUGCCCUCAAGGUUGAAAAGGGUAGAUCUAGAGGAUGAAGAUGAUGCAUUUGGCACCUUUGAAGUUCAGACGGAGUUGAAAAAGGAAAGUCAACAACUAAUGGGCCCUUAUCGGAUGCAAUUUGAUCCUUCAUCUUUCAUGGAACUAGAAAAACAAGAUGUUCACAUGUUUUUACUGAACAAUCUGAAGAAUGGUGGAAUACUAGAUUUGAUGUUGAAAUAUUUAAAAGCGCUUGGUCAGAAAUUCUUGGCAAAAUGGCCCCCUGGACUGGCAGAGGUAGUUCUCUCGAUCUAUAACAGCUGGAGAAAACACUGCAGUAGCCUACCUAAUCCUAUCCUCAGAGAAUGCAGCAACCAGCACAUCAAGGACAUGAUGGUGAUGUGCUUAGUGUGUAUGGAACUACAGCUUGAUCAGUGGCUUCUGACAAAGUCCAAAAGUACCACAGAAACUGCAGUUUCCCCUCGAAAGUGUUCUUCCAGCAACACUGCUGCACAGUUAGGGCCUGAUUUUCCAGGCAGCCAUUAUUUAGGAGAUCUGAUUCAAUUGGCCUUCACUUCCUCACAGAGGGAUCUGUUUGAGAAUGACUGGCUGGUUUUUGUGGUUCAAGUUUACUGGUUGAAAGCCAGAUUUAUGGCAUUGCAGGGAGAUAUGGAGCAAGCUCUGGAGAGCUAUGACAUCUGCACUAGUUUGUUUUGCAGUUCGUUAGGAAUUAAAGUGGGCAGCAGGAAUAGUGAUGGUUUUACUAUCAGACUGCCAAAUCUACAUGUGGAUUCUGCCAUAUCAUUGGAGGAGAUUGAUAAGAAGCUCAAAUCACUGGAGAGGUGCCAGUCACUCGAGGAGGUUCAGCGCUUGUAUGAAAUGGGCGAAUAUGACCAAGUUGUGAAGCUGCUGCGACCCACAUUGACCCUUGGUGCGAUUGGCAGAACAAAGCCCCUGGAGUUUGUUGCUUCCAUCCCUGAACGACCUGCUCAGCUUCUCCUGUUGCAGGACUCCCUGCUCAAACUAAAAGAUUACAGGCAGUGUUUGGAGUGUUCUGAAGUUGCACUAAAUGAAGCCAUUCAACAGAUGAAUAACGUAUCAUCCACAUCCUCUAAGGAAGAGUGGGUUUCGACAGUGACUCAGCUGUUGACUGGGAUUGAUUAUUCCUUGUCUGGCGAUAACAGUAUCCUGGAAGAACAGUGUUUGAAUCCUUGUUUUGUCAGGUUCGCCAACAAUCUCAUCCAGAUCAUUGACUGCAGCAUGGGAGUGCCUGAAGAUUCCAAAGAGCCAACUGUGUCUUCAGUGCUGCCUUGGAUCACCUUGUACAGGAUCAUAAAACACGAGGAGGAGGAGUUUGACACUCUUCGCCGCCAGCAUUGUAAAAGCGAAGACUCUGAUCCUGAAACUCCAAUGCUGCCUUCCUCUCUGAUGUUGCUGAACACAGCACAUGAGUACCUGGGGCGAAGAUCCUGGUGCUGUAAUUCUGAUGGAGCACUACUGAAGUUCUAUGUUCGAGUCCUUCAGAAGGAAUUGUCUGCAUCAAGACCAGAAGAUGCCCACCCCUUUAAAGAAGAGCUGGAGACUGCCCUGGAGCAGUGCUUUUACUGUUUAUAUGCCUAUCCUAGCAAGAAGAGUAAGGCUAGGUAUCUGGAGGAACACUCUGCUCAGCAGGUGGAACUGGGUUGGAAUGAUGCAGAAUUUAUGUUUGAUUAUUUCAAGCCCAAGAAUUGCCCAGAAUUCGACAGCUACAAGACCAGCACUGUGUCUGCAGAUCUGGCAAAUCUUUUGAAGAAGAUUGCUGCGAUAGAUCGAGAUGAGGAUAACCUGCCCCUCUCAAUUGAGAGCGUAACAGCCUAUAUUGAAGGCUCUGUUGACACGGUGCCAGCCCUCCCUGAAGGAGCAGAUUCUGAACUUCCUCUUGUUAAUGAGUUGUAUUACCUUCUGGCUGAUUAUCAUUUCAAGAACAAAGAACAAGCUAAAGCUAUAAAAUUCUAUAUGCAUGACAUCUGUGUCUGUCCGGCAAGGUUUGACUCGUGGGCAGGUAUGGCUCUGGCUCGUGCUAGUCGUAUCCAGGACAAACUGAAUUCAAAUGAAUUGAAGAGCGAUGGACCUAUCUGGAAGCACUCAGUUGCUGUGCUGAAUUGUUUUAAGCGAGCAUUAGAGAUAGACAGUUCUAAUCUCUCACUGUGGAUUGAAUAUGGCUCCAUGUCCUAUGCACUACACUCAUUUGCUUCCCGCCAACUGAAACAGUGGAAAAUGGAAUUGCCAUCAGAGGUUGUCCAACAGAUGGAAGAGCGAAGGGACAGUAUGCUCGAGACAGCUAAGCAAUGUUUUCUAUCAGCAACACACUGUGAAGGAGAUGGCGAUGAGGAGGAGUGGCUCAUUCACUACAUGUUGGGCAAGAUAGCAGAAAAGCAGAAACAACCGCCAAAGGAAUAUCUGGAACAUUACAAGCAGGCGGCGCAUAACCUACAUGAAGAUGCAGCACAUUAUCCACGGAAGAUCCAUUACCACAAUCCACCAGAUCUGGCUAUGGAAGCUCUAGAGGUCUACUUCAGGCUUCAUGCCUCGAUUCUCAAACUGCUGGAGAAGGAUGAAGUGACUGUGGACUGUGAGAUGCUAUUCAGCUACAUUAAAGAAGCAGCUCAAGGGCCUUUUGCCAGCGGUGAAGAGAAGAGUACCUUUAAGGUCACUGAGAAGGAGAAGUCCUGUACAAAUGAUGAUGAUUCUCAUUCUUCUGUUGGAACCAUGCAAGGUCAAGGAAAUCUUCCCUCUGGUCCAGGUCUGACUUCCCCACCUUACACAGCCACUCCGAUUGACCACGAUUACGUCAAACGUAAAAUCCCCCGUCAGCAGGCUUCAAUUGAUGAGAGAAGUCAAGACAGUGUGAUUUUGGUACUCUCUGAUUCUAACUCGACCCAGGAUGUCUUCACUGAUGCAGCCAGUUCCCAGGACAGCAGCAGAAAGAUUCAAUCUGGGAAAGGCAGCCCCUCAUCAUCAUCGACCGUGGAAGCUACUGUCUUGUCAACGGAGAGCCAUGGAAAACUGGAGGAAGAGGAUUUAGUGGCUCGAGAUUCUUCUGAAGGUUGUAAAAGAGGCAGUGUAGAGAUCACAGAAGCCAUAGAUGCUUUGGCUUUGAGAUUGGCAGAGCGCACAGCUCACAGAAUGCCUAUGGAAGCAGCUGUACUGUCCAGGGAGAACUAUCGGAAGUUGGAGGAAGAGGACUCGGUGGGUCGCAUCUGUUCUGAACUUUGCAGAGGAAGCAGUGUGGAAAUCACUGAAGGAAUAGACGCAUUGGCUUUGAGAUUGGCAGAACAAGCAGGAGCAAAAUUGCAUACAGAGUUGCAGUGUCAAACUGCCACCAUUAACGCUACUAAUGUCACUCCCACCAGGGUCAUCUCCUCAUCUCUAUGUGACUCAAAAAAGAAAACAGCUGAUCCUUCAGGAGAGAUGAAAGAUACCUACAGAUUGGAGGAUCUCCCUCAGAGCUUGCCAGUAGAGGAGAGGGAGCAGCGGCGAGUGCUGAUUGAACAGUGUAUUAGAGCAUUACAUCUGUGUCUCAGUCGAUUCCCUCAGCACUAUAAGAGUCUCUACAGACUGGCAUAUCUGUACAUAUACAGUAAAACACACAAGAACCUGAACUGGGCUCGGGACGUGCUGCUCGGCGUCAAUAUACCAUGGCAACAAUUGAAGCAUAUGCCAGCUCAAGGGCUUUUCUACGAGAGGAACAAAACAAAUUUUUUUAAUGGAAUCUGGCGUAUUCCUGUGGAUGAAAUUGACCGUCCUGGCAGCUUUGCCUCACAUAUGAACCGUUCGAUUGUUAUCUUACUUGACGUUCUGUCACAGCUGAAGGACCAUAAUACACUGCUGAGAGUAUCUUCCAUGCUUCAAAGGACACCUGACCAGGGAAAGAAGUAUUUGCGUGAUGUGGAUCGUCAAGUGCUCGCCAAGCGGGCAUUAAUUUUCACAGUCAAAGUGCUUGAGGACAACUUGAAGGAACUAUCUGGGAUUUCUGAAGACCAGAUUCCUAAAUCUUCAGGCUCUCCAAUGGGGGAGAUGACAACAGAUGUUUCAAACAAGCCCACUGCUGAGGAGCACAAGGGCGUUGUGACCAAGAAACUCACCAACUCUGAUGGGCAUUUGAGAAACACAGAGAAUGGGGUAAAGGAUAUCCCAAGAGGCCAGUCACCCCAGGUUAUGAACAUGGAACAAGGGGAUAAAAAUGAUCCAGUAUUGGGUGACAUUAGCAAAGCAUGCAUCGGCACAGAGGAGCCAAUGGAACUGGAUAGCUCUGUUGAACAGGGAAAAUUGGAAUUUUCAUUCAAACCUCCCAGUGGUUUGGAUACAGAGCACAGCAAAACUGUUGGGGUUACUGAGGGGAAGAGUGCUGAGUGUAAACCUACCGAACUGUCUUUGGAGGAUUUGAGCAUAAGCUCAAAGCAGCAAGUCUCAACAGGAGUGUCCCAUGUCGUGGCCAGUCAGGUGGUCAGGAAAACGAGCAGGAAGAGAAAAUUGAUAGAUGACACAGAAUCUGGGAAAACAUUGCUGUUGGAUGCAUACAGGGUCUGGCAGCAAGGUCAGAAAGUUAUGACUGUUGAUUUGGGAAAGAUUGAAAAGAUCAUGUCGGAGACCUACAUGCUGAUUAAACAGGUUGAUGAGGAUGUAGCUUUGGAGCAAGCUAUGAAAUUCUGCCAGCUGCAAAUGGCCACGUCAACGCAAAAACAGUCAGGAGAGACGCCAACCACACCGAAAUACUCCAAGGACUGUAAGGAAAGCUUCUUCCCAUCUGCACCGAACGCUGUCAGUACACCGGCUCCCGUUUCGACUACAUCUAGUACGGUGGUGCCUGAGAACCCCAGGCCAAGUGACUCUCAAUCUAAAGUUAGGCUCAGCAACACUGCCCAGGAGGACCAGCGAGGUGCUGACGUCGCACCAAUGUUGACACCAAGGGAUGUCGAGCCCCAAACUCCCGGUCCAACAGACACUCUAUCAUAUCUCGCUCAAGAUGAUGAUUCUGAGGAGCCUCUCGAAGGGCUGAGUUAUCGGCAUCAGGAGACCCAUCUGUGUCAUCAGAUGAAGAUGGCGACCGUCGCUUCAUCCCAUGAUUCAACCCAUUGGCAAGAAGAGGGUACGUACACUCAGCGAGACGAGGGCUCACAUCCUGCACACUGCUCCGGCCAUGCUUCCAGUUCUAUUAGUGAACCCUCCACCACCUCAGUUUCCCAGAGUUGCAAAGCUGACAGCAGUCGAAUCAAAUCGCGAGUUCCUCCAAACAUGCCAAAGCUUUUUAUCCCAUCAUCUGUGGCAAAGUUUCCACCGGAGAUAACCGUCACACCGCCGACCCCAACCCUCCUGUCACCAAAAGGUAGUGUGUCUGAGGAAACCAAGCAAAAACUGAAGACUGCCAUCCUAUCUGCACAGUCUGCUGCCAACGUGAAGAAAGAGACUCUCUGCCAGCCAGCCUUGGAAAUCCUGGAGACGUCAAGCCAGGAGUCGUCACUGGAGAGUGACACCGAUGAUGAGGAAGACGAUUACAUGGACAUCUGACACAAUGUGAAGUCCCCCAAGUCACAGCAGUCGGCAGCCAACCACUGCACUCCUGCAAAGACACUUCGGGAAGACUGCUUUCUCUGAGACCAUGGAAGUGCACAGUACUUUAUACAGAGCAGCCCAGAAUAAGGUGCAGUGAUCCCUUACCAGCAUUGGCCUUUGUAAAUAUUGGAUGCAUCCCAGCAGCCAAGGCAGACAAGCCGAGCUGCAUCACUGGGCUCCUUGCUGAUUUGUGCUGACCAGGGAGAGAUGACUCUGACCUUGUUCAAACACAAGCUGAUUGAUUUUACAGGCGCAGGUUUCAUUUUGGACAUACCUCUCGCAAAGUUGUCGCCAGCUUCCUCGCAGUUCAGUGUCUGGGUGGGAGGGUUCGGUCAGUGAAGGCCCAUUGCACUCACUGUGGAGAUACCAGCAUAAUGCUGGAAACAUGAACUCAAAGCAGCAAGUGCUGGGAAUUGGUUCACUUCUGAGAGGAGGGUUUUUGAGGGAGAGAGUCUUUGAACACCAGGAAGACUCCAAGACCUGCUAGCUAUUUCCAAUCCUUUUCCUGGUCCUUCAUUGUGUCUAUAUUUUCACUAAUUGUUGUGAAGCCCUCCUUAGAUAGAACUCCGGGUUAUGAUGAGCACAGAAAGGAUUGGCACUUGCUUACCGUGAACCUUCAGGCUCUGUACAGUCGAGUUAGAUUGCUUUAAGAAAAACAGCCAGUUAUCCUGCUCUCCUGCAGAGUGGCUGAUGUCAGGCAUCGCAUCAAUCUGAAUUGGUUUGUAACAGAUCUCGCCCUUUCAUGCUGAAUCUUCACAUUUUUUUUCCAGUCAUUAGUUUCGUUGAGAAAUGUUGGUUUCUGUAGCUGGAGGUUGGUUGUGAAUGUAGAGAGGGGCACACAUACAGCCUGUUGGUCAGUUGUGCUGUCAAUUCCUGGUUUCUCUAUCAAAGCAAAAAAUUACCAGAACACAGAGCAGGAUAUUGGAACGUGCUCAGGAUUGAGAAGGUUGGGAUUUCUGAGAUGAUUAUCAGAUUUCAUAGGAGAUGUAGAAACCUCCCCUGGUUUAAAAACCUCUCGCCAUUGGUCCAUUCCCAGACAUUGACUAGAAAGCUUCUCAGUUUAAGAGCAAAGUUUACACACUAACUUUGUGACCUAGUGUCUCCCUGCCACCAGCAUUGAGAGCAUCAGACAACCGUUCUGCAUGAGCCCUUGCAGGUAGAUGAACAGUAGGCUCAUAAUGAUGUCUACAUGUAACCAAUCACAAGCUUGGUACAGUAAUAGUGACCAGCAGUUAUCAAGACUGAUAUGUAACUUUAGUAUUCAGGACUGGUAACAUUCCUGUGUCAAUCAGGAAAUUAUUACCUGCUAAUGAUUAAUGUGUGCAGCAGUGACAGUAAUAAUGCCCAUUAACAUGGAACUGCCCUACCUUCACUCCAGUCUAACACUCACUCCGAGCUAACUCUCGUGUUAGUUUGACUUCCUCCUGCACUCCACAGCAGACUGAUACUUAAUGUUCUGGGCAUGUGAGAGGGCAUUAGUCCAUCUGGGACCUUGGGGAAGCAGUAGGGCCCACAGCUUAUCUCUUCAACCACCUGAGAUUUGAGGCUUGAAGGCUGAAUGAGAAUGAUUGUAGAAGGGGACGAGAUUGAAUUCAAAUCAGGCAUGGGAAGAUUAGUGAGAGUGGAAAGGAAAAUUCGGCAAUAAAACGUGUAAAAAAUGAAUAUUUUCAAAGCUCUUUAAGAAAUUGCUACGCACAGAAUCAAGACUCUGUCCCCUUUCUGGACUGCAAAAGUGAAUUGGCAUUAUCACCUUCUCAAAAACAUACUGACCCUGUUAAUGAAGAGCCUUUUUUUAUAUUUGUACAUGAACCUAACCAUAAUGUGCAUGCCUAGCCAGUUUAUAAUAAUGUGCGACUUACCGGCAAGAUCUACUUAGCAUGAAGCUAAACGACUGAAUGACAUUAAAUCAACAACGAAUUCUGGAGAUUCACAACUCGCAUCAUGUUUCUCGAGACCCUCAACAUUGGUCAAUUUAAUAAAAAUAUACGUGUUAACACAGUUGCCUUUCCUGAAAAGGCAUGCCCCACAGUUUAAUCUAUGUUUGUAUUUCUGAAGAGAGCUGGAGCUGUGUUGUGUCUAAUGAGAACAGUUACUUUGAACAUACCCCUGGAUCGUUGUAAGUGACACGUGGGGUUAUAGUAUGGGUUUAAGAGCACAGCGCUGAACAUAUUUUCCCCUUAGUCCUGAACAUGCUCAGUGACAGUGUGUCCAACCUCUCACAUUGAGCAGCAGCCAUUAGUUAUCAAGCGAUGAGAGCUUGAUUCAAAGUUGUUUAUUAUUUGUGCAUCAGGAUCUGAGAGUCUUGUAGAGUCAAAAGAAUUCUGCCAAACGUGCUACCCCAGAAUCUAUUGUCUCACCCGUUUAUAAUGAUUAAACUGACUUUGACAUCAAA